UCUGUGCAGUAAUGCUGUUUUUGCAAAUUCCAUUACUAGUAGUUCUCUUCAGAGGUGGUGACAGUGAAGAUGCCUUCCAGGACCAAAUCUUCCGAGUCAUUGGUACUUUAUCCUUAUACAACCGCUCCUGGGCCAAAAGUUGGGGCUCUGGCUGGUUGGGUGAAUUGCAGAUUUAUAGCUGGAAGAACUCUGGUGGUUUUAUUUCUCUGCGGCCUUGGUCGAAGGGCAACUUUAGCAACAAGGAGAUAACAGAAAUAGAAGCGUUACACCAAAGAGCCCACAAUGAAUUUCUGCUUUUACUUCACAACCAUGCCAGUGAAUGGAUGCUUGAAUAUCCCUCUGAGGUACAAGGAACAGGAGGCUGUGAGCUGCACUCUGGGGAAGUCAAGCUAGACUUCUGGCAACUGGCUUACCAAGGAUCAGAGCUUCUGAGCUUCCAGAACAACACCUGGUUGCCAUCUCUAAAGGGUGGAACUAGAGCUCAACAGAUGUGCAGGUUAUUCAAUCAGUACACUAUCAUCAAGCAAGUAAUGCUCAGGGUCUUCAGUGACACCUGCCCACAUUAUCUCUUAAGUGCCCUUGAUGCAGGGAAGGCAGAUCUCCAGAGAAAAGUAAAACCAGAGGCCUGGCUGUCCACUGGCCCCAGUCCUGGUCCUCACCAUCUGUUGCUAGUUUGUCAUGUCUCUGGCUUCUACCCAAAGCCAAUUUCUGUUAUGUGGAUGCGAGGUGAACAGGCACAACAGGCCUCUCAACAAAGUGAUAUCUUGCCCAAUGCUGAUGGGACAUGGUAUCUUCGGAGUUACCUGGAUGUGGAAGCCACCAAGACAUCUGGCCUGUCUUGCCGGGUGACACACAGCAGUCUAGAAGGCCAGGACAUCAUCCUCUACUUGGACCGUCCAACCUCCAAGGGCUUGAUCAUCUUGGCAGUGAUGGUCCUUCUGGUGCUUCUUCUGACAGGUCUUGCAUUUUGGCUUAAAAAGCACUGGAAACACUGUGAACCUACUCCCACUCUUCUUCCUUUGGAGAGAUUCCAGCAGCCCAGGGACUCAAAAUAUACUUAA